UCAUACGGACCGCCUUUAGUGCCUUGCUUUCUCUCUGGAGUCUGGAGGCUGGACUCUGGAGAGCCUGGAGGCUGGAGUCCGGACGACGCCAACUUCUAGAGUUCUACUCUAUUUCUAGCCUUUAAUCUUUUCCUUCUUCUCUUCUUCUCGGCAUAGCAAUUUCUGUUUCGCAAAUUGUUGCUUCUUCCAACGAUUUGAAAGGAAAAAGGGAGAGAAGUCGAGCAACGAAGAAGCAGACAACGUUUGCAGAGCCAAGUUCAGUUGCAAUGGCAUCUUCUUCAGAUUCAUGGAUGAAGGAAUUUAGUGAAGCAUCAAAGCUUGCUGAUGACAUCAAUGGCAUGAUCUCUGAAAGAGGUUCUUUUCCCCCAUCAGGACCAGAAACACAACGUCACUCAUCAGCCAUUAGAAGGAAGAUUACAAUCCUAGGGACCAGACUAGAUAGCUUGCAGUCUAUCUUAUCAAAGCUACCAAGCAAGCAACCUAUAACAGAGAAGGAGAUGCAUCGACGUCAGGAUAUGCUUGCAAAUUUCAGAUCAAAAGCCAACCAAAUGGCUUCCACAUUGAACAUGUCCAAUUUUGCUAACAGAGACAGCUUGCUAGGACCAGAUACAAAGCCAACAGAUGUCAUGAGCAGAACAACUGGCUUGGACAAUUACGGCCAUGUGGGCCUUCAACGACAAAUUAUGAAAGAACAAGAUGAAGGCCUUGAGAAAUUGGAGGAGACAGUAUUAAGCACUAAACAUAUUGCAUUGGCAGUGAACGAGGAACUCAGCCUACAUACUAGGCUCCUUGAUACAUUGGAUGAACACGUGGACUCAACAGACUCCAGGCUACAGAGAAUGCAAAAGCGACUGGCAAUCCUGAAUAAGCGGACCAAGGGGGGUUGCUCCUGCAUGUGCAUGCUCUUGGCAGUAAUUGGAAUUGUGAUUUUGGCUGUGGUUAUUUGGGCGCUGAUCAAGUACUUGUAAUAUUAAUCUUAAUUAUGGCAAACACCGUGACCAUUUCUCUCAUCUUUGGCCUCUCUUGCUUUUAUCUCUGCUCUGGUUAUAGCAUUUAUGUAACCAAGGCAACCCUCUCUGUAAAUUGCAAGUAACCGAGUAUUAUAGAAUAAAUAUUUUCUAAUUU